CCGUCGUUGCGAGAAGGUGUGUUGUCGCUCGCUCCUACCUCGCGUCAUCUGUGACCUGAGAGAAAGAGAGAGAGAGAGAGAGAAGGAAAGGAGAUAGAAAAGUCUUGAUAAAUAGAUAGAUGGAUAGACAUCACUCACAUCGCUGUUGCUGAGUCUUGUAUUUUAAAAAAAAUCAGCAACAUUGUGUUUUUUAUGUGUGUGGAUGUAAGGCAUAUUUAAAAGCCACUUAUUGAUAAUUAAAAAAAAGGAAUGAAUUAAAAAGCCGAUUAAAACGUACGUGUGUUUGCGUGCGUGCGUGUAUGUGCGUCUUUCCUGCAAAUCCUUCCUUAAGAGAUUCAUUCAUUUAACUGGACGUCGAAGAAAAACAGAAAAUAAAAAAAUAUAAAAAAAGGGAAGAUUAUUUGGAUAUAUAGGCCUAUGUCUAUACGAAAACACGGCUAUAGGGGGAUAUUUUGAACUUGAAGAAAAAAAUAAAUAAAUAAAUAAAUAAAAGAGAAUAAAAAAUAUCACGUGAUUGAUGUGCUGUGUUUGGCGAGUGCGUUUGGAAGACAUGAAGUGAAGAAAGUGCUUUUAGAUAUAAAGGCCGUAGUGGCAGGCGCGCCCCCCCGCCAUGACUCUGAAGACGUGGCUCUCGGCGGGCCACGGCGCCCCCCACAAGCACUCGAAGGCGCCCGUCGACAUCCUGCCCGCCCACGACGCGGCGGCGCCCCAGCUGGCCGCGCACAGGGGCCUCACGACGCUGCCCAACGGCGACGUGACGCUGCGGCGCGGCCUCAGGAACCCCUUCUCGACGCUGGUGAAGGGCGGCGCGCGGGAGUGGCGCGUGCGCAGCGUGGAAGACGUGCUGGAGGCCGAGGGCGGCGACUACGGCUUCCUCGAGUACUAUUCCCUCAGAAGGACGUCGUCUAGGGACACGGCGCUGACCGACCCGCGCGCGGCGCUCUCCUACGGCACGUGGAGCCACCUCAACUCCGCGUGGGCGCGCUGGCCGGACGCCGCGCCCGCGCAGUUCUAUCCGGGCACGCUCGGCCGCGCAGACAAGGACCAGCGGCGCCCGAACGAGCACCGCCACCCGCGCUACCACCUGGAGGAGCCGUGGCGCCCGGAGGACAUGCGCACCUCCACGCCGCUCUCCUCCACCACCUCCUCCACGCACGACGGGCCUCCGGCGCCGCUCGCCCACCAGCAGGGCCAGCAGGACGCCCAGCAGGAGGGCGCGCAGGAGGGCGGGCGGGGGGAGGGCAACCGGCGCGGCGUCGUCAAAAGGAACUCGCUCCUGUGGCGGCUGCGUCCCGAGCGCUGGCGGACGGACGGGUCGCUGCGCCGCGCCCGUAGCCGCGACGACGGCCUCGCCGCCGCCCGCGAGCGGCGCAAGGGCGACCUGGGGGCAUCGCAGCCGGAUCUGCUGACGUCACACCGCGCGCCCGAUGACGGCGGGCAGUGCGACGUGGUGUCUCCGGCGCCCCUGUCCAUCCUGCCGCCCACCACGCGCCGGGCCGCCCACAGCGAGACUCUCCCUCGCAAAAUCCGCCACAGCAGCAAGGACGCCCACGCCGCCAACACCCUGCUGGCGCGCGGGCGGCGGUGGCUGCACAGCGCCAGCCUGGGCCGCGCCGACCGCAACACGGACCGGGGCGAGUCCGAGAUCAUGGUGCAGCCGGAGACGCUGCCGACGCGGCCCACCUUCGACGACGCCGACCGCCAGAACAGCGACAAGAACAACAACAACACUAACAACAACACCGGCCUGCCGCUCAGCGCCCGCAAGAUGAACGCCAAGAACCGGCUGGUGGCGGCGGCCGAGGUCUACGGCAGUCUGGGCCGCGGCGGCGUCGAGGCCGAGUGGUGGCGCCAGGGCCGCGACCGCUCGCGGCGCCCGCGCACGUUCUACCUCCUGGAGGACUACCUGUCGCCCGUGAGAGCCGCGGGCGGCGUCCCGCCUGCAGGCGUCGUCCUCGACGAGUACGUCGGCCGCGCCCCGCGCCUCGUCUUCAGGGAAACGUCCCACGAGGCGCCCCAGCGCCCCGUGCCGCCUACGCCCGAGUGGGACACGCCCUCGCUCUCGCCGCCGCCCUCUAGCGUGGUCAGCGGGCAGCAGCCGACGCCCGCGCCGCCCACUGCGCACCCGCACCCCGCGCUGCCCGGCGGGCGCAGCCUCUUCGUGGACGCCAUCAUCCCGUCGCCCGAGAAGAGCUGCGGAUCCAGCGUGUACUCGCCGGUGUUCUCGCCGCGGGACUCUGGCUACCCGCGCUUCGUCACGCCCGAGCUGGCGCUGCCCGAGCUGUCUGUGCCCGAGCGCGCGCCGCCGCCCGUGUCCGGCCUGCCCGCGCCCCCCCACUGCCUCUACUCGCACUCCCACAGCCUCAGCCACAACCCGCGCAGCCUGGAGCUCGACGACCGGAAGCGCACCAAGGAGGCUCGCAAGAGCCCGGCCCACCACAAGGACGCGGCGCUGCACAAGCUAGGGCGGACGGCGACGACCACACGACCUCCACUCUCCAGCAAACUACGACAGAAUGGCAUCAUUACGGCGCAGAAGCUCCCGGUCCUCACCAACAAGAGCAACUCGUCCUCGAGGGUCAACCUCCCCCACGAGACCUCCUCCAGAACAGGUCACAACACCUCCGACGGCGACUCCGGCGGCGGUGGAGGAGGAGGAGGAGGAGGCACGGGCGGCGUCGGAGGGACUACGGGAGGUGGAGGAGGAGGAGGUGGAGGAGGAGCGGGAUCCCUGCCGGUGCUGAACAACAACAAGGGGGAGAAUAGCAACGAGUCUACCCCCCACCCCGGCAGGCUCCCCUCCGGCACCCGCGCCUCCUACCACGCCGCCGUCGACGCCAACGGACACACGCUGCCCUUCACGCCGCAGGAAGCUCUCAAGCUGUACGGAGAGCGGCUGACGGAGUACGAGCGGCGAGAGAUCGAGGCCUACCCCGAGAUCUUCUACCUGGGCCUCGACGCGCGCAAGAUCCACGGGGAGGAGGGCGCCCAGCUCAACGGGGGCUUCGACGACGAGAACGGGAGCUAUAAUAAGGUCAUGCACGAUCACAUCAGUUACCGAUACGAGAUCCUGGAGGUCAUUGGCAAGGGGUCAUUCGGCCAGGUCAUCCGCGCCAUCGAUCACAGGUCAGGGGAACACGUGGCCAUCAAGAUCAUCAGGAACAAGAAGAGAUUCCACCACCAGGCCUUAGUGGAAGUCAAGAUCCUCGACCACCUGCGGAGACGCGACGGCGACCACCACCACAAUGUCAUCCACAUGCUGGACUAUUUCUAUUUCCGGAACCACCUGUGUAUUACCUUCGAGCUUAUGGGCCUGAACCUGUACGAGUUGAUCAAGAAGAACAAUUAUCAAGGUUUCAGUCUCAGUCUCAUCAAGAGAUUCGCCUUUUCCCUGGUGCAGUGUCUCAAGCUGCUGUACAGGGAAAACAUCAUCCACUGUGAUCUGAAGCCUGAGAACGUGUUACUGAAGCAGCGCGGAAGCAGUAGCAUCAGGGUCAUAGACUUCGGGUCCUCGUGCUACGUCCACCAAAGGGUCUACACGUACAUCCAGAGUCGCUUCUACAGGUCGCCGGAGGUCAUCUUGGGUCUGCCCUACGGCCUGCCCAUCGAUAUGUGGAGCUUGGGCUGCAUCCUGGCCGAGCUGUACACGGGCUACCCUCUGUUCCCCGGGGAGAACGAGGUGGAACAGCUGGCCUGCGUCAUGGAAGUCCUGUCUCUGCCGCCUCACCACCUCCUCAUCGCGGCCUCCAGACGGCGCCUGUUCUUCGACUCCAAGGGGAAUCCCCGGUGCGUGACGAACAGCAAAGGCAAGAAGCGCCGCCCAGGGUCACGUGACUUGGCCUCCGUCCUAAAGUGCUCCGAUCUGAAUUUCGUCCACUUCAUAUCCCGAUGUCUUGAAUGGGACCCGUCGAGCAGAAUGACCCCGGAGGAGGCGCUGCAGCACGAGUGGCUCCACCCGACCACCUCCACUAUGUCCUCCACUUCCUCCUCGUCCGUCUCCACCACGGCAGGA